AUGCAGCAGAAAACAAGAAACGUUUCGUUGCGUCGUUCGAGGCGCAUUGCCAAUAACGCAAAGAAGAAUACAUGGUGCUGUAGCAUGUGUACUUUUAUAAAUUUCAAAGGUACGGUGUGUCAGAUGUGCGAAAUUCCCAAGGAUGCAUUUCCUGAGAGGUUAGCCAUUGACGGCGAACAUAAAAAAAGGCGCUGUCCCGAAGUUAAAAUGGAAAUUAAGGAAGAAAAUGUUGAUGAGGAUGAUCAAAACUAUUGGCCCAACGAAAGUAAUGUGAAAAAUGAGUACUACCAAAACAACGAAAACACAAAGGCUGAUGAGGAUGAUCUAAACUAUUUGUCCAAUGAAAGUAACGUUAAAAACGAGGACCACCAAAACAACGAAAACACAAAGGUGGAAAACAUUAAACAGGAAGUAAAAGAAGUAAAUGAGGCCACAAUUACCAACACAAAUACGGAUCCCCCUAAAAAAAGAGUGUUGGAAGAGGAAAUAAUAAUAGUAGUGGAAAGAGACAAGGGAAAUUUAGAAUGGGAGAAACACGAAGUACAUCUAGAGAAUGUUUUCCAAAACGAACCGGAAUUCACAGAGGUCAAAUCGAAUGGGGUGACUGUUAUGAUUUCAGGAUACAAACCGAGAUUCUCAAAGGAAUGCGAUAUGUCGAUCAAAGGAUACCAUCCGGUCAACUCGAACGACACUUUGCAAUUAUCCAUUGAGUUCCUAGGAUGUCCCACGUUGGAGGAAAUGACGACAGAGUCAUAA